AGAACACAAUAAUCGCAAUCUCAGUCCCAUCUUCUACUUGAAUAUUGUCAAAGAUAAUUUACCCGUCGACUGGAGAUGCGAUUUUUUUAUGCUUGAAAUUUACGACCAAUUUUCUUGGGAAGUUCCCGAUAUUAAUACCAUCGGCAAUAUACAACGGUUUUUAUAUCCAAUAGCCGAUGGAAUGCCAUCUCUGUUGCCUGUAUUACGAAAAUCGGUUGCCGCAUCCGACAGCUGUGCCGCAUUACAGCCACAGAAAUUGUUACGGCUCAUGAAAUUGAUAUCAAAUGAUUUCGAACAAGGUAGCGGAAUCACAAGUCAGCAGUUGCCGAAGCUUGAGCUACUGCCUUUUAGCGAUUGGUAUUACCAUUUGAGAAGCAAAAAGUGGGAAAAGGAAGUCAGUCGGCUGCCCAUCAACGAUUCGAGUACUCGAAAAGAGGAUAAACAACUCAGGAAUGAGGCCGUUUACAUGUUACUGAAACUCGAAUGCGAAAACAACGAAAAGUUUUGUGACGACUUAUUGAAAACGGCUCCGGACUUGAAGGCGGCCGUUUUUCUUUUGCACAAUGCUCUUUAUUCAGGGGCGAAUCCUAGUCAAGUAUAUGACGAAAGAAACAUUGACGAUAUCAUAAAAAAGAUGGAAAAAGAUGCGCCAACGAAUGACGAAUCAAUUAUGAAACAGGUAUAUCCGCGGAUGUUGACUAACGUGCAAGAAAGAGUGACGGAAUCUAAAUUAAUGUCAAACCAAAUGAAAGAAUUUGACAAACAAGAAUACAAGCAGCAGCAGAAAAAAAUAAAAAAUUUGAUCAAGCAAUGGCAGAAAUAUGGUUUAGAACUGAAGGACAAAAAGUCAACAGUGGAUUUUGUUUUUGUCUACGAUUACGCCGUACAAAGAACGUGUACGAAGAAAGGAGACAAACCAAAAUUCCGACUACGGGACACUCAGAGAGUGGCGAUCAUGACAUUGCUGACAUCCGAAAGAAAGUCCACGUUAACACAGGUGUCAACCGGUGAAGGCAAAUCGCUGAUCGUCACUGGUGUCGCAAUCGCAUUUGCCCUUUGCCGAAACGAAGAUAAAAAGAAUAAGAAAAUCGAUGUUAUUACAAGUAAUGAAGUGCUGGCUCGUCGUGAUUCUACGCUGUCGGUGGCUGAUGGUGGACUACGGGAUCUUUACGAAUAUUUCAACGUCAGUGUGGCAAACAAUUGCAGCCAAUGGGUGGACGAACGAACCCAAGCAUAUAAUGCAGCAGUCGUUUAUGGACAAUUGGCCAAUUUCCAGCGAGAUUACUUACUGGACCAAUUCUACGGUCAUAACAUCCGAGGUGACCGCACCAUGGACUUUGUCGUUAUUGAUGAAGUCGAUUGCAUGUUGCUCGAUCGCGGUAACAAUACGCUGUACCUAUCGCACGACAUCCCCGGCAUGGAGAUGCUCGAAUCUCUUUACGUUUUUAUUUGGGAAAAGAUACGCAGUUCUUCCAUCGGCUCGAAUAAUUUAACCGUAAGGGAAUUCGUUAAAUCAGCCGUUCUGUACGACCUUUACGGCGCUAUAACUAAAGACGAUUUAGAAUUGAUUCACGGUCCAUUGAAGGACCAGCCAUCGGAAAAGAAUGCGCUCUGGAAUCACUUGGUUGAAACGAAAGUAAUCGACCCACAAGGACGACUGUUGAUGGAAGAUAACUUCGAAACAAUCAAUUUCAAACCACAAAUGGAUCCCAAGAUUAUCUUUUACCUCCGUAACGUGGCGCAACGCGAGCGAAGUAUUCGAUUACCUGAACAUUUGAUGUCCUUUGUCGAUCGCCAUCUUGACAGUUGGCUGGACAAUGCCAUGCAGGCACUGGAACUCAAACGAGACGAGGACUACGUUGUCGAUCAAGACCGAACAGACAUCAGCCCAGAUCUCCAUCCUCAAGUAAUUAUUAUUGAUCAGGACACAGGAAUGGAUCAGAUCUCAUCACAAUGGGAUGGAGCGCUACAUCAAUUUAUUCAGCUAAACGAAGGCUGCAAAUUGACACCACAAAUUCUAAAAGCCAUUUUCAUUUCUAAUGCGACUUACGUCCAGGCUUAUAAAAAAGCAGCAGGCGUUUCGGGCACGCUGGGAUCUGAAACAGAACGACAGUUCAUGCUUGACAAAUACCAAAGCCUUCAGUUUGUCAUCCCAACAGCUUUCCAGAAACGUUUCUACUUGAAACCAACGCAAGUCUUUAAAUCUAAGGACCACUGGCUCCUUGCCAUCGUCAAUGAAACAAAACAUAUUAUCCUUCCUGAUGAUCAAACUAAAGCUCGUUCUCUCGUCAUCUUCUGUCAAUCCAUCAAAGAUGUGAACGUUAUUCGCAAUUACUUUAAAACUGCAUUAGGAUCAAAGCUCAAUGGUGACCACAUCCAUUGCUACACACGUGAUUAUGAAAAGUUUGCUUUCGAAGGGAAAUCACUUGAAGUCGGUCAUGUGAUCAUCGCCACUAACUUGGCGGGCAGAGGCACGAAUAUCCAAAUAAGCGAAAAGUUGAGAGAAAACGGAGGUCUUCAUAUUUGUCUCACUUUUUUGCCAAAAAAUGAACGGAUUGAGGAACAGGCGAUGGGACGCUCAGCUAGAAAUGGCGCACCUGGAAGUGGAAUCCUCCUCUUGUACGAAGAAUCGCCAACAGGAAAGAAAUGGGGCGCCGGAAAAUGGUUAAGUAUGAAGGAGGAGCGUCAGUGGAAAGAAAGCCAACGGAUUUCUCGUUUACAAGAAGAUUUCAGGACAAUGAAACAUGAAAAAAAAUUUUUUGACAAAUUAUUGAUUUAUUACACUGAACUGAAGCAAGAAUUGAAAACCCAAAAACGUGGAGAUCAGGAAAUUAAGACAAUCUGCGACAGUGUGCUGGAUAUAUGGGCUUUGUGGCUUGACAAAACAGAGGAUCAUUUGAAACUAACUUAUUCCUAUCAUACUGAGUUACUCCGCAACUUUUGUGCUGGACUUGGACUGCCAGAAAACAACACAAGAGACUGCAGUUGGAUGACGCCAGCUCGGUCUGUUGUCAUGGCAAAAAUUUUGGCUCUGCAGAAGCCGUCGCUGUCGGAGGCAGCUGAAAUUCUGAAACGAGUCAUUGAUUCAAAGGACAGUGAUCUUUAUCCUGCUGCUCAUUACUACUUUGCUUUCAUUUUGAUUCAAGAAGAUUUAAAAAAAAACAAAAUUAAAUUCAUUCAAAUUUUACAAAAAUGCGAAACUAUUUUGAGCAACGAUAUAGUCAUGCAUUUGUCCUUUUACCGUAAAAUCGCCCAUGCAACGCCUGAACCAGCCUCGUCAUUCUGCUUCGUCGACGCCUACAAACAACAAAAAGACAAUAUCAUCAAAAUCCUGGAAUAUUUCAUCGGUUCCGUCCGAGCUCUAUUGGGCAGUCAUCUCUGCUCAUCUUCUAAUCUCAAGGAAGCUGGGAAGGAAGAAAAAGAAGAAAAGAGCUUUAUUAAGAAAGCUGAAACAUUCCUACAGGAAAUCGAAUUAGAAUUUGUGCGUUUCCAAAAAAAAGGAAAAACAAAGUGUAAGCCUGAACAAAAACCAAAAAUUUGUCCCAAAAGAGCGGACAAACUAUUUGAGCUAUUGAUAGAAAAAAAGUGUAUCAGCUGUCGGUUCAACGACAUUGAUACAAUCCCUAAUGGGGAGGCUAUCAUUCAGCAAGUAGCCAAUGAACACGGAAUCCAGAAACUGAAGGAAAAUUUAAAGUCUGUUUUUGAGGGGAAUUUGACAGAGGAGCAGGUCGAGAAAAAACUGAAAAAAGAACAUCCGAUCCCGUGCACGAGAAAAGCGUUCUGGGAAGAGCUGAAGAAAGAAGGUGCACUUCAAGCGGUGAAAGGUGGAUUAUGUCCUCAAAUGAAAUGCGUCAUCGUUUUGGAAUCCGAAUACGACGACGAAUCAACUAAACUGAGCAGCAAAAAACUGAAUCGAGAAAAUCGGAUUAAAAUCGAAGACUUUCAGUUCGGAUUGGAUUCUUUCGAUGGCGAAAACAACUGUCUGAACGUGCUGUACAAUCCAAUUUACGACAACAUGGGCGACUUAUUGAAACAAAAGAAAAUCGUGUUCAAUAAAGAGUACGUUAUUAAACAACUUGGCGAUGAAUAUCGUUGCCAAAAGGAGAAAUUCGAAUUUAAUAAAAUUGCACAGCUUAACCUUAAAAAACUUGAAACCGUCAAUUUGAAACCUUCUUUCCCAAUGGGGAAGGAUGAUUUGACCCGGGCUAACAUAACUUCGAAUGAAGAACGUGAUUGCGUUUGGGAGGCCUUGAUUGAUCAGCAAACCAUCGAUUCGAAUGGCGAGUUAUUGUCCAACUACGAAAAAUUCAGCUAUCCCGAAUGUCCUGCUUAUGAGAAACCUGUCAUGCGUGUAAUUAGUAGAAUUUUCGUAGCUGAAAUAGUUAAACGUCAAUGGCUAAAGGCUGACAAAGAUCCCAGUUGUUUGAAAGCCAUCAGUUUAUUGCCGUUAAAACCCUAUCGAGAUUUGCUUGGUGAUUUAAUGGCUGCCCACGUCAUCUCUGGUGCUCGAGUGACAGAAGAUGCUAAGCUCAUCGUGGAGGGAACUAAAGAUAUUGAAGACGAAGACGAGCGUGAAUGUGUUCGGAAGUUUCUGAAAAGCCAUCAAGCUGUUUAUGCACCUAGGAUGAAAAAAUCUGACUUAUUUCUCGAUUUUAUCGAAAUGGAUAUUCUGAAGAUUCCAAACACUUAUAACAUUUCUAUGGAACUCUAUAUCUUCGAUCUUGUAGGAUUUAAUCACGUUAUUGACAUUACGGAUCGAGAGAGGUCCUGGGCGUCAUAUUUGGGGGCAACGUUCGCCGGUGUUGUUGGUGUAGCUUCGAUUGGUGUUGGGAUUUUUCUUAUUAACGGUAAAAUGCUGUCCUUUGGAUUAAGCAAGAAUUUAUUGUUAAUGGGAGGAGUAUCAGACAUUUUGUAUGCCAUAACGACCAUCAUGACGCACAGCAACUUCACCUGGUCAAAUUUCACUCGUCAAAGGCUAAGAAGUGUCAUGGGAAAAACGGAGCCAAACGAAAUGAUCAAAGCACUUUACAAAGUAUAUAAUUCGACUGAAAACGAAGAAUUUAGAAAGGCAAUCAAUUGGGCUGGCGGUCUAGUAAGAUGGAAACGGCAAAACAGAGGCCAAACAAACAAAGGACAUGAAACACUACCAGGAAGGAUCGUAGAACUGACUGGGUUGGUCAACCAUCAAACCGAGUUCUUCUUUCACAGCCAACUCCAUUACCUUUUACAAGACGUUGACAUCUUUGUACUAGGAAAAACCAAGAAAUGCGUCACCAAAAACUUGACUAAAAUUCAAAAGGCGCUGACCCAAUUCAACGUUCUGCAUGGAUUCGAAACAUCCCAUCAGUUUGUUAGAGAGAAAUUGAAAAAAUUGAUUUCUGAUUGGACUGCAGAAGGGCACAAAUGGGUCAAUAAAAUCGUCGACGAAAUCUCGCUGAAGCUUAACGAGAUUCAACGAAAGGAGGGAAUAUUGCUGACUCAAGAAUUGGCUGAUAAAGGAAUUCGCUUGAUGAAACCGAUUUUCAAUGAUUACGAGAUGCGAAUGAGAUUGAUAUGCGUCACUGUCACCUGCAUUAGUGAAUUUCUAUUGGGUCUGGAGAAUCCCGUCAGUCCUGAAGUCCCAAAGGCUAAAGACAUCGAUGUUGAGGAACUUAAUCAUUUUCAGAAAACAAUGGCGGCCGACAUUGACUCUGAACUGGGAAGACUAGUGGAAAAGAUUCUAGGCUUUUUGAGGCAACAAGUUCAUCAAAUUACCUCCGACCAAGUCUCGAAGCUAGCAAAUGUCAAUUCCGAAAUGUUCACCACUUUUGUGCAUUUUAUGUAACCGAAAGUGAAAACACUGUAAUUUUUUUAAUAUUGCCUUACGUACUUUGAGUGGAUGAAGAACAGUAAUAAUUUGUUUUCAAAUUUUUGGAUUCUCCAACAUUUUUAGCUUCUCAUUUGACUGAUUCGUGA